GAACACAUCACCCCCAAACAGGCUGCAGGUGGAAUGGAACAAGAUAGAAGACAUAUGGUACCCACAAAAUUAAAGCACAUAGACCCCAAACAAACAGGUGCAUGCUGGAGAUGUGGGAAUAACAUAGGCGACACCCUACAAGCAAUCACCACCCUAUGGGAGGACACACAAACUCUCAUACAGAAAGUAGGGAAGGUUGACAUACCGUUAGCACCAGAAAUAUUCCUCCUACAACACAUUCCACCACGUAUACCCAAACCCCAGAGAUACCUAACCUACCAUAUAACUAUAGUAGUAAUUACGGCCAUAGCUAAAGCCUGGCUCCAAAAGGACCCACCUUCGAUAGAAACAUGUAUUCCCCAACUAGAAACAAUCAAAACAUACGAACGCAUAGCCAGAGCCCACCGAGCUCCACAAAAAUUCUGGGUGGAAGCAUGGAGACUCUGGGAUGCAUACGCUAACUCUCCUAAUUAG